CCAGCCUUGGUCCUCUCCAGCUCCUCUCCAGCUCCUCUCCAGCUCCUCUCCAGCCUUGAUCCUCUCCAGCUCCUCUCCUGUUCCCUCCCUGCUCAGCUCCAUGGAGAAGCUCCUGCACCUCACCUUGGUCUUCCUGGCAGCACCCUGUGCUGCAGAGAACGUCACCGUGGUGGCCGCCGCCGAAGGGGACACCGUUUCCGUCAACUGCUCCUACGACCCGCGGCAGUGGUGGUGGUGGAAGAGCUGGUGCCGGCAGCUGGAGCAGGGCGGGUGCCAGCAGGUGCUGAGCGCUCCACCUGCCUGGCUGCCCUUCCCCCGGAGCAGGAGGGGCACCACCAGCCUCAGGGACAACGCCCGCGCGGGGCUCCUGACCGUCACCAUCCGCCAGCUGCGCGGCGAGGACGCGGGGCUGUACCAGUGCAGAACUGAGUUCCUGGGAGACACCAGGAGCCUCAGGAAGGUGCAGCUGGAGGUGCUGGCAGCUGACCUGGUGACCCACGUGCCAGAGGAGCCCAGAGCUGUGCAGAGCAUCUCCAGGUCCCCUCCUGAUGUGAAUUUCACUCUUUUCUACAUCCUUGCUGGAUUCCUGGUGGCCAAGUUCACGGUGGCUGUGCUGGUCUGUGCUGUUGCCCACAGCAGGAAGAACAGGGAGAGAGAGCAGAAGCCAGGCCUGGGUGAGCAGCAGGGGCUCCCAUUCCCUGCUGACCUUGGACACGAUGGAAUUGGCCUCUCCUGGGAGAGCUCUGCAUGAGCCCAGCCAGAGGGAAUCCAUGGAAAAGGAAAUCAGGUGUUUGCCACCUGCCAUUAGAAAAAAAUCGCUACUAAACACAGUCUGGAAGAACCUGUCACUCUGGAGAGGGAACGUCCCCAUCUUCUUCAUCACCUCUCCCCAGGCAGUUAUUCCAGACAUCAUUCCCAGACCAUUCCAUCAGGGUCUGAAUGACACAGGUGACAGAUUCUGUCCUUCCAAGGUGAGGGAGAGCAGCUCCCAAAAGCUGCUUUGGACAGUGGGGAUGGCUGGAGGAAAUCCCCGUGGGAAGGUGUGAGGAACUGCAGGAUACACCAGGAAAGGGAUGUGGUGUCACAGCUCUGAGCCAGCUUCUCCUCUCUGCAGGGACUUUGUGAGCACAGGAGCUGUCUCUCUGUUGUUCUCCUGUGUUUCCUCUCCCAUGUGAUGGUUGUUCCUCCCGCCCCACAGCGCGGCUGCGCUCGGCUCUCCCACCCUCCAAACUCACAUUCCUAUUUCCCUGCAAAGCUAAAUAAAAUCCAGCUGAUUCUCUG